AGACAAUGCCGAUUAAGCUAAUUAUAUCAGACCCAAAAUCAGUUAAACGAAUAAAACAAUGUCUCGAACAAAAUAAUCAACUUAAUAAAUCAUACAAGAUCCAAAAGUGUAAUGACAAGUUUGAAAUAUUUACAAAUUUACCUGAAAUAACCGAGGAGUUUACACAAUACCACUACGAAAUAUACGAAGAGAGACCAAAACAGGCAGAAAUAACAUUAGAACUGGUAAUUAAAAAAUUUCUUAACUUAAAGAAUGUUGCUAUCUGUAAUGAGUUAGUGAUACCGAAACGAUGGUCAAUCUAUCCACCAAUGAUUCUAUUCAAUUCCAAUACAUUUGAUUCUCAACCUUGGCAAGAACUAUUCAACAGCAUAUCUUCACAUGAAUUGUUUACAUAUAUAAUAUUGCACCAGCAAGAUGUAUUUGGAACUUCUGAAAUUACUCAUAUUGCGGUUAAUAAACCAAUUAUAGAAUCGGACAUUAUGCGCAGACCCUUCAAUGUCUUACCAUUAUAUGGAGACUUUGGUCCAGCGACUUCAUUUGACAAUCCCACUGAAAUGGAUUUUCUGAAUGCAUUCUGGUGUCAUGUUGUUCAAAAUGGAAUUUAUCAAACUUGGGCUCCAAGAUAUACCAUGUUUUCUCGAGGUAACAUCAAAGAAAAGAAGCGAGUACUUGAAACAUGCAAGAAUCUUAAAGGUACCGUUGUAUUUGAUUUUUAUUGUGGAAUUGGAUAUUUCUCAUUAUCAUAUCUUAAAAAUGGUGCUCGACUCAUGUGUUGGGAAUUAAACCCUUGGUCAGUAGAAGGGUUUAGAAGAGCAUUAGAACAUGCAAAGUAUACAUAUCUUAUCAUCCGUCCUGAUGAUAACUUCUCUUACCAACAAUACCAAGAAACAAUUGUGGAUGUGAUUAUAUUUAUUGAAAGUAAUGAAAAUAUCCCAAAAAGACUAGAGCUGUUUCCUGAAAACAGCUUGCCAAUAAGUCAUAUAAAUUUGGGUUUGUUACCUACUUCAAAGCUUGCCUGGGGUAUGGCCGAUCAAUUGAAAUUCAAAUCAACAAGAGAAACUAUUGUACAUGUUCACGAAAAUGUUCAUAUUGAACAAUUUGACCAAAUACAAGAGGAAUCAAAAGAAACUUUUCAAAAUGGGGAAAUAGUUCAUUUGGAAAAAGUAAAGACUUUUGCCCCGGAUAUUUGGCAUAUUGUAAUUGAUAUUAAGAAUAAAAAGUAGUACAAACAUACAGUCAUGUUAACAUAAUUAACAAUAUCGUAUUUGAAGUGGUAAUAGGAAUUGGCACUAUUCCUAGCUUACUAAGGAAUAUCAUUGAGUCGGAAAUAGCUCCAAGCAAGUAUGGAAAACUAUGUACCAAUUUCAACUACAUUAU